UUAAUCUUCUUAGAGUACCUAUGCUGCUUGAUGGACCACACACACAUGAGCGCACACACAGACACGGAUUGAUCCUUAGGAGCAACCUAAUUCCGAGCGUCAUCCCCAUCCAGGGUCUCCUCUUAUGGUUUCUCGGCCUGGAGGGGUUGUGCAGCCCGGACUGUCUGGACAAGAUGAGCACGUCGAGCCGCCUCAGCCUCAGCAGCUUGGGCCGGAUCUGCGGAACCGGCCCAAGCAACGACAUGGUGGUCCUGGACCGGGUCAAGAGGAAGAACUCGGUCAGGCGCAUGUCCAUCAUCGAGGACGGCCAAAUAGCCGAGGUUCUCUACUUGAUCCCCAAGCAGUGCAUGAUGGACCAGCUGCCUUUCCUCAACCCCAGUGACUACAUCUUAUGUGAGAAGCUGGCGUCCAUACCUGCGGAUGUGUCAGUGCUUCACACUCACCCUCCUGUGGCCAAGCAGGUCAUCAGAUGCGUCAAAUGCGGGGAGGUCUGCAAAGGGGAGGUGCUGCGAGUCCAGUCCAAUCACUUCCACAUCAAAUGCUUCACCUGCAAGGUGUGUGGCUGCGACUUGGCACGGUCCGGCUUCUUCAUAAAAAACGGAGACUGCCUCUGUCCGCUGGACUACCAGAGGCUUCAUGGCACCGUCUGCAACAGCUGCGGAGGAUUUGUGGAGGGAGACGUGGUCGCCGUCUUGGGAAAGACUUACCACCCGACCUGCUUUGUGUGCACCAUUUGCAAGCAACCUUUUCCUGCUGGGGAUUGCGUCACCUUCAGUGGGAAAGAGUGCAUCUGUCAGCGGUGCGUUAGCCCCUUGACUCCUCCACCAACUGGCAUCAGAUACUCCAACAACUGCAACGGCUGCGGUCGCGACAUCAAGAAUGGUCAGGCUUUGUUAGCCUUGGGCAGCCAGUGGCACCUCGGCUGCUUCAAGUGCAACAUCUGCAGAAAAAUGCUGAGUGGAGAAUACAUCAGCAAGGAUGGCAUUCCAUAUUGUGAGAGGGACUACCAGCUUCAGUUUGGGGUGCAGUGUGACGCAUGUCAGAAGUUCAUAACGGGGAAAGUCCUUGAGGCGGGGGACAAACACUAUCACCCGGAAUGUGCAAGAUGCAGCCGCUGUGACAAAAUGUUCGCAGAGGGCGAAGAAAUGUAUUUGCAAGGAUCGAGCGUGUGGCACCCGGACUGCAGGGAGAUCAGCGGAAACCAUGAAAGCAACAGGUCGACUUUAACUUCUUCUGAAAGCUCCUGCUCGAGACCAGGCUCAUGCACACCUGGAAGCCCCGGUCGCUCCCUCUGUGCUAAAGUAGACGAUGAGAUCAUUGAUUACCGAGACUUAGCAGCGAUUCCCAGAGUCAAGGCUAUUUAUGACAUAGAGCAUCCUGAUAUGAUGUCCUAUAAGAGUGACAACAUCACCUCAGCUGCUUUGGACAGCAGAGGCAACACACAGGACAGACAAAGCUCUGCAGAGUCUCUGGCAAAUGUCUCCGAGACCACGGAGGAGAGUUACGAGUUGAGAAAAUGCAUUCCGAAAUCGGCGAGCCACGGAUCUUUCGGCGUUCAGUCGUACGGCCGUCACAGCUACACGCCGACUCGAUCGCCGCAACACUUCCACCGGCCUGGCUCUUUACUUUCUUCCAACGACACCUUGCUCAAUCCCUCUUCCUGUCCGCGCUCAGUCCCCGACACAACAGAUCAAGGUUUCAACAUGUACAGAAGACCUCCAAUUUUCAAACAGCAAGAUCCAAACUCCACCCAAACUUCCUCUUUGCCUGGAUAUGGUUGCAAUGGCCUCAGUCCGCCACGAUCCACUGAUUUCCUCCGGAGCAGCGGCGACACAUUAAGAGAUUUCAAGCUCCUCCGUGACAGCCCGCAUCCAUUUGCACGAAUGGACAGAGGAGUGUCAAUGCCUAAUUUGCUGGAGCCAAAAGUCUACCCAUAUGAAAUGCUUACGGUUGCAAACAGGGGACGUGUGAAGCUUCCCAGAGAGGUUGACAGAACGAGACUGGAGCGUCAUCUGUCCCCAGAUUCCUUCUUUGACAUCUUCCGCAUGUCGAUAAAAGAAUUUGACAGACUUCCGCUUUGGAAACGAAACGAGAUGAAGAAAAAGGCUAAUCUCUUCUAAAUGCAUCUUUUUAUUCAUCGCUGUCUUUUAUUUAUUGUCAGAUUGCUAUGAUUUCAAUUUACUGCUGGGGGCACCAGAGCAGCAAAAAGAAAAGUACUCUUGUUUUUUUUUUUUUUUUUCAGUCUGUGCUCAUAUUGAAGGAUUCUGAGGACUAAAUUAUUUGAGCUAAAAGCUGAAUCAUAGGAAUUUUUGUGCAUGGAAUGUUAUGUUAAAGCAAUCUGGAGGAUCUCAAAGUGGGGCUUCCAAUGUUAAGCUUAGCAUUAUACCAUUGCGACAUGCUCACUAAUGCCUCAAUUUGCACUUGCCUUCAUAAAAUGAUUGAAAAAAAGACUUGAGGAUAUUUAAAUUUGUUUUUUUUUCUAAAAUUGUUGCAAUGAUAAUCACACAUAAAAUGACUUAAAGCACAAGGGAGGAAACUAAGUGCGUUAGCUGCCAUAACAAAUGAAUCUGUUAUUGCGUGACGAUAUAUCAUGCAAAACUGUAUUUGUAUAGUGUUUUAAACCUGAAUCUUCAUGUAAAUGUGAUUUAAAGGGAAAAAAAAACAAGUUGUUUCACACAAGUAUGCUUUGGUGCCUCAUCAUCAAGCGCUGUAAAAUAAAAUGAGUUGAAGUGGAUAGUCAUGCCUAUGUGUGUAUGUUUGUGUGCACAUUUUAGUCAUAUUUUUGGCUCACGUCCCCGAGGAGGCCUCACAAGGUUGCACAUGAACUCCUAAAAUGAAAAGUAUGUCAUUUUUUGACUUUCAUCUGGACCUCAAAGAGCCAGUUUAUGAUGACAGAUGAUGACUUGAUCUGCUUAUCUGUACUGUGCAUAGAGCGAGAGAUACCUUUGUUGCCAUUAUCCUGUCUGCAGAUUAUUUUAGCAAAUUUCAAUUACAGUCAGUUUAUGAAGAAAGCAGUCGAAAAGGCAUCUUGACUCUUAAAAGGCUGGAAUUCUAAUGGGACCACUCGACUUUUAUGUUGUCAAAGUUGGGCGAACACGCGGAUAUUUUUGGAUAAACUGCUUCAAAGAGGCCGUCUGUGUCAUCACGCUCACUGACAAUUCUGCUUUUAUACUUUUUGACUAUUAAUAUCAAUCCAUUCCCUUCAACUCACAGUUUCUGUAUAUUACAGUAAUACUUAUUUGCUGUUUGUUUUUUUCCUGGCAUCUUUUCCUUCUUUCCUUCCCCCAGAGUUGCAUUUCAUUCUUGAAUCCUUCCUUCCUUCCUUCCUUGAAACCUUCAACUUUUCAACCAUCAUUCCCUUUUGACCUCUUUCCUGCCAAUCAACCAUCAGACCUUUUUUAUGCAUCCUUACAUCUGUCGCUUAACCCUACUUUUCUGCCUUUCUUCCUUCAUGCUUUCCUGUCUUUUUUUCACGCAUUCUUAACAUCCUCCCUUCCGUCACUUAAAGCUGGUUUGCUGCCUUCCUUCCUUACCUGCUUCCUCUACCUCAGACCUGCUUUUUCUUGUUUCCUUCCUUCCCCCCUACCUUCCUUUCUUUGUUCUUCCUUCCUUUAUGCCCUCUUUUUAUUUUGCAUCCUUACUUUGCUUAAAACUACUUUUCUGCCUUCCUUCCUUCCUUGGUUACCUGUCCAGUAAUCUGCAUUUUCUUUUUUUUUUUGUCUUUCUUGACUCAAAUUAUUUGCCAUUAUUCCCAGUAUAGAAGUUAAUGUAAAAAUAAUAAACCAGUU